AUGUCAACCGCCCAGCCCUCCAAGAGCCUUCCAAGAGCCCUUCUGAUCCCCCACAAGCGACCCCUCCUCCCACCACAGAAACAUCUCCAAAACUCAAGCGCCGCCCCUGCCACAAUCCUCCUGAAACCAACAUCAGCCGAGCAUGACAACCCCGACGCGCCGGCCCAGACCCGCCGCACGGAGGUCUCCUUCCACCCGCCGCAGCCUUUCCUAGAUCCGCCGGCCUGGGAGGCGAUGUUGGCUCGGGCGCAGGAGCGGGCUGCUCGGGAACAUCGCGGGGCGGACGGAGAAGACGAAGAAGAAGCAGCAGCGCGGGGAUUGGGGACAGGCACAGGGAACGGUGCUGAGUCGGCAGAGCGGCGGGAGAGGGCGAGAGAGCGGGAGGCGGAAUAUGGGUCGAUGGCUAUUCGGGGACGGUCGGGCCUAGGUGGGAGAGGGAGGAGACAUGCGAGACCGCGGGGGCGGGGGUUUGGGGGAGGAGGCCGAGCUGGUUAUUAA